UCAAAUUAACGUCAAAACUUGACAUCGAUUUGAUUUGCAUUUUUGACCAAUUCUUUGAUGUCGAUAUUUGACGUCAAUUUGAUCUAUUUAACAUCAAUUGCCCACUUGGGUAGUGAACUCAAGCAAAUUGACAUUGAGAUCACUUUCCCGAUUUACCGAAAUCAUUUCACGUUUUGUUUAUAUGUUGCAAGGUUCUGUAAAAAUAAAUGUUUCUCAAACCUACUGUGUGACUUCAUCAUUCUGGUAGGUCACACUUCACCCGAGGUGAUAAUGUCAUCAGAGAAUUCUGUAAAAGGAAAAUUUCUGAUUUAGAAGAUGGCAAUGAUACGGUGUAAGAAGAGAAACUGUCAGGUGAAUUGUGAGAUUUGAUUUCUAUUAAAAGAUAAAACAAGUUAUUCAAAAUUGUGAAAGAGAAAAAGAUCAAGAGAUAGACGUUUCACCAGACUAUUUAGAGGAAAUAGAUUCUUGCUUUGAGGAACUGUGACUGUGAGCCUCAAAGUGCACCACAGAACUUCUCUUCGCAGACUAACAACUGCUUUGUACGCCCCGACACCAAAACAAAAAAUAUAAUUAUAUUUUCAAAGCUGUCUAAGUGAAAUAUUUAUGAAAUAUUUACAUUAUUUCACAUUAACAUAUGAAUGUAAAAAGCAAUAAAGUUGUAUGAGCACCAUUUUAAGUAUUAGUCUUGCAUACCAACAACUACAGGUGCAUCAACAAGAGAAAUAUUGUCAUCAGUGAUCCUUCCAAACCAGAACAGCUUUCAUGUUCGCUUUGAAGCAUUUAUAAGCAUACAAAGGGGCACAUUAAAAAGCCAUACAUAAAAGCAGCCAUAACAAUUAGAUUAUUACUAAGUGCUGUGGGUUACAUGUGAGAUGGGAAGGUGUCGUCAGUACACAUGAUGUAUUUUUUGUCAAUUUGUUGACAUUAAUGUUUUCUUAUACUUGCGCUACUGUGAAUGAUCCCCGCUGUUUGCUGCUCUGUCAUUUUAGUACUUAAAGGACGUUGAGUAACUAUCUUUAGUGUCUAAUUUGUGUCAAUAAAUAGUGUGUCCAUAACAAUUUUUCAAACGUUUCUCAUAAUUAUUCUUGCUAAUUUUGAGGGAUAAGAUAACAAUACAUUUUCUGUAAUUAUUUGUCUAAAAUAACUUUUGCUGUGUCCUUAUUAUUGGAUGUUAAAUAAUGUUUUAUAAUUUAGGCUAUUGGACUUACGUCAGAUGCUACGCUUGUGACUGACAGCACGGUUGACCAAUCAUUGAAAAGGGAGGCGGCGAAAGCUUUUUCAAACCUCAGGAAAUGGGAAAGAAAAACUUCCACAAAAACUACCGGUAACUCGAGAGCCGUCUAGCCGCCCAGCUGACAGUCGGGCACUUGAAUUCUCCUCCAUUUUUCUGUGUAACAGAAGGACAUACAACCUUUCCCCUCUUGAACGGGCGUUUUGGUUUUCUCAGAUUCCGUUGGAAGUCUGGAUAUGAUUUCUAGUGUCACUCAAUCGUGCGCCGCUUGAGCCAGAGCAGAGAGCGCGAGCGAGGAAUCGGUUAGUCGGGACGUCACUUGACGGACAGCAGUGCACGAUGUCGGGUGUGACGGUACAGAGCAGCUGUCUGCGGGGUCUGGCAGAUGGUGAUCUCAUGGACCCUGAGUUUCAGCAGCGUGUUGAGGAUGCAAUUGCCCUUCUCCGUCAGGAAAUCCAGCGGGAACUGAAGAUCAAGGAGGCGGCUGAGAGACUGCGACGGGCAGUGACCAACCGCAAAAACGCAGCUGAUGUUGAUGGUCAACUUAGAGCUUCCAGCCGCAAACUCGAGCAGCUCCAUUGGGAGCUCCAGGAACUAAAUGCACGUGCUAUGGCCACACAGAAAGAAACUGUGACAGAUGAUGCCACCUCUCCAGACCCAUGCCACUGGGAAGAGAUCACAUCACCCCUGGGAAGUCAUGUCCGUACCUUGAAAAAGCAGCUUACCAUGGAGCUCAAAGUGAGACAAGGGGCUGAAAACAUUAUUCAUACUUAUGCCUACAGUUCUGUGAAGGAUCGGAAGAUGUUAUCCACAGCCCAGCAGAUGCUGCAGGAUAGCAAGACGAAAAUCGAGCUGCUCCGCAUGCAGAUUGUCAAAGUCACCCAGGCCAGAGAAGGAGAGCGAGAGACCGCACAGCCAGAGGGUCGCCCCUCUGAGACAAUAAGUCCCCUUGAGCUGCGGGUGGAGGAGCUUAGGCAUCAUUUAAGGAUUGAGGCAGCUGUGGCGGAAGGUGCGAAAAAUGUGGUCAAGCAGCUCGGCGUUCGCAAAGUGCAGGACCGACGUGCUCUUGGCGAAGCUCAGGCCCGUUUGCAGGAGUCCUCUCAGAAAAUGGACUUGUUGCGCUUGUCCCUGGAGGAGAGGCUUGGAGAACUUCCACAUGACCAUCCCAAGCGAGCUGCCAUUAAAGAGGAGCUGACAGUGGGGUCCUCACCCAUUGUAGGGCUGCAAAGAGAUCGCCUGCGCUCUUCGUCUUCGGCAUCUUCCUCGCUCUUUAAACCGGCCAGCCUGACUGGGCGUUUGGAGGUCAGACUGAUGGGUUGUCAGGACCUGCUGGAGUCAGUACCAGGCCGCUGUCGGGUGAGCAGCAUGGCUUCGGCCCCUGGUAGUCCAUCUGAGUCCAAAUCGCUUCGGAUGAGGACCGGCCUCUCCACCCGCAGCACCAACGGCAAAACCCCUAAGACUGAUGAGCUCUCCUAUGAGAUCAGCGCCGUAUUAAAAGUGGAUAAUAAGAUAGUUGGUCGAACACAUUGGCGGCUGCUGGGUAAGGAGGCCUGGGAUCAGUGCUUCAGCAUCGAACUCGAGCGGUCUCGAGAGCUGGAGAUUGCAGUGUACUGGCGAGACUGGAGAUCCAUGUGUGCCGUGAAGUUCCUGCGUUUAGAAGAUUUCCUAGACAACCAGCGGCAUGGCAUGUGCCUUUACUUGGAGCCACAGGGCACUUUGUUCACAGAGGUGAGAUUCAUCAACCCCGUCAUCGAGCGACAUCCUAAACUACAGAGACAGAAACGAAUUUUCCCCAAAGAAAAAGGGAAGAAUUUUCUGCGGGCAGCUCAAAUGAACAUGAACUUUGCCACGUGGGGACGUCUGAUGAUGAGCGUGCUACCACCCUGCAACAGCAACGUCUCCGCUUUGAGCCCACCGAUGCCCGGAUCUGAGCCCAUGUCCCCCCCAUCUGCAUGGACGCCUCCUUCUGGAGAUUCAGCAGUGGUUAAACUCAACUUCAGUGAGGAGCGUCCUGCCAAGCCACCACGUAUCCACUUGGCAAAGACCCCCACCAAUGAAACAUCACUUUCUGCGACUCCUGCCAAAGGCAGCCUCUCAGAGGAUCACCAUGUGGUCAAAGGCAUGCCUGCUCCCCAGCCUACACCUCGGAGGAAAGAGGGGGUGCAUAUGGAGGAAUUUAACUGCAUUUCCGUUUUAGGAAGAGGGCACUUUGGAAAGGUCCUGCUGGCUGAGUUCAAGAGGACUGGCAAACUUUAUGCCAUCAAAGCCCUGAAGAAAGGAGAUGUGGUGACCCGGGAUGAAGUGGACAGUUUAAUGUGUGAAAAGCGAAUUUUCGAGACCAUCAACGUGUCCCGUCAUCCAUUCCUGGUGAACCUGUAUGGGUGCUUCCAGACACCUGACCACGUGUGCUUCGUGAUGGAGUAUUCACCUGGAGGAGACCUGAUGACCCACAUACACAACAGCAUCUUCUCUGAGCGACAGGCCAGGUUUUAUGCUGCUUGUGUAUUACUGGGCCUGGAGUUUCUGCAUCAGAACAAAAUUGUAUAUCGAGAUCUAAAGCUAGACAAUCUGUUGAUGGAUUCUGAUGGCUUUGUGAGAAUCGCAGAUUUUGGGCUUUGCAAAGAAGGUAUGGGACAUGGCGAUCGUACAUCAACCUUUUGUGGCACACCAGAGUUUUUGGCUCCAGAGGUUUUGACAGACAGCACCUACACCCGUGCUGUGGAUUGGUGGGGUCUGGGCGUACUCAUCUAUGAGAUGUUAGUGGGAGAGUCCCCAUUCCCUGGUGAUGAUGAAGAGGAGGUGUUUGACAGCAUAGUGAAUGAUGAAGUGCGCUACCCGAGAUUUCUGUCCCCUGAGUCAGUCUCCAUUAUCCAGAAGUUGCUGCAGAAGAACCCCGAAAGAAGAAUAGGGGCAGGAGAGCAAGAUGCUAAUGAAGUGAAGAGACACAGAUUCUUCCAGGGCAUAGAGUGGGAGGCUUUAUUGGCCAAAAGAGUAAAACCUCCUUUCCUUCCGGCAAUUAAAAGCCCAGGAGACGUCAGUAACUUCGACGAAGAGUUCACACGCCUGAAGCCAGUCCUUACUCCUCCACAGACUCCGUUCUUCCUCAGCGCUGAGCAGCAGGAGUUCUUCGCAGACUUUGACUUUUCCGCGCUGCACUGACUUCCGCUCGAUCACACUUGAAGGGGUCGUGCCAUAUCAAAUUUCGUCCCUCAUUCCUUCUCUAUCCAAUUUCCCUUCACUCUACAGUUAUACAGUCAAGUCAAGUAAAGCUGGCUCCAUGUCACCCUUAAAAGGCUGCUGUGUGCUUUUCGUGUAACAUGGCUGCUGUUGUGUGCUUGAGCUCCAAAGACAGUCCAGAGCCCAGCUGGACUUUAAAAUGAAGGAAAACCGCACGACCGGAGCACUGCGACCGUCUCGGUAAAAGAGAAGGUUCAGUCACCACUGUGAGUAAGCUCAGUUCUGCUAACAAGCUUUUAACUGCAUUGCUGUCCCUGUUUUGUGUGUUUUCAUAAGAACACUUAAAUGUGCAAAAAGUAGUUUUUGCUUUUUUGCAACUUAAACAGUUUUUCGUCUGCGAAAAACACUUUCUUUGUGAUGUUUAUUAGUCAUCAGUUGUUUAUUUGUGGUUUGUCCAGCUGUUAAAAAGAAAGUCUUCCUGUUACACUGAACUUUAAUGCCAAAAUAUACUUGCACUGUUACUGAAUAGAUGAAGAAUGCAUCAGGCUGAAAUAAGACGGGGACAAACUCAGUUUUUAUGGAUUUCUGAUGUAGUGCUGAUCUGAGCAAUCAACGCAACUGGAGAAUCGUAAGCUCCUUAAAUUCUACACUGUAACUAUCGGAGCGAACAUUUCUAUGCUCUGUGUAUGUCAUGUAUGUUCAUGUUAAAGCCUCACAGUUUUGUGUGACUGAAAAUGUUCAUCUCUGGUUGUCCCUAAUCUGGAUUUGAUUUAGGAUUGGUGCCCCAGAUAAAUUUUGCUUGUCUCUUCCCAAAUCCAACACUUAUUUGUUCUUAAAAGAUGUCUUGGUCAGCUGCAAAUGGCAACUUGCCCUUUAUUUCUGUAUAUCUCUGUUCACAUGUGCAUAUGGUUUGAGACCAAUUGAAUUAGGCUAAUCCUAUUCUUGGCAUGAUAUAGUCAGCAUAUUGACCUGCUAAGAUAAACAUUGUUAAUCAUGAAUACUAGGUGAUUCAGAGCUGUAUCUUCAAGUUGUUCAUUCUUUAAUGUUUGUCUGUAUUUUCUUUUGCCUACAUCAGACCAUCAUUGAUUCACUAUGUCAAUGUGGUUUACUGCUGGUAAGUUACACUGUGAACAAAAACGCCACAAAUAUUUAAAUGAAACUUGCCAUAUCUAUGAGUUAUAUGAAGUAAAAAUAAAUAUAAAUCAAUUCAAA